CUCAAAGGGGUAGUCAAGAAGGUGCUGGUGGUGGCAAUAGCGGUUGUACCGGAGAGGGAGGGGGGAUCCGAGAUGGUGCUCAGAGGAAGGAGGAGGAAAGAGAUAAUUUAUCUAAGGGGGAGAGUAUAGGACAAAAAGUGAUAAUGAUGAAUACAUUGCAAAAUGUUUUGUCCCUGACAAGGGUGUCAGAUUGAAUGGCCUGUGCGCAUGUGCGAAGGUAUCCAAACUGACAAUGCUUGUGAGAUGAAGAUAGUGUUGUUGCUGCUUCUGGGCUCACGGAGGACGAGAGGAAUCUACAAGCCGACAAGAUGCGAUCCAAGGCUAGGGCAAGAAAACUGGCCAAAAAUGACAUUGAGCCAGUUGACAGCAUGCACGAGACAGAGACCCACCUCCUGGCGGGAGGGGUUGAUAGUGGGGAGGAGGAGACCGAGGACAGCAUCAUGUCUCCCAUCUCCGUAGGUCCCCUGUCCCCGCACCCCAACAACCACCAUCCCAGCCACCAUCAUCACCACGAGAUCCCCUUCACGCCCAAGGAAGGCUCGCCCUACGAGGUGCCCGUCUACAUUCCCGGCCCCUGCGACCUGGAGCUGCGCGAGUCCUCGGUUCCCGGAGCGGGCCUGGGGAUAUGGGUCAAAACCCGGAUCGGGAUGGGAGAACACUUUGGACCUCACAGCGCACUGCAGAGUGCCACGGUCAAAGACAGCUCCUUCGGAUGGGAGCAGAUGCUGAAUGACCACGAGGUGGCGUCCUCUCCGGAGAGCUGCUUCAAAAAGGUGGUGGAUGAGAUGGGCAACGUCAAGUUCUGUCUGGACGAAGGCUCAGAGCCCGGUGGGAGCUGGCUCAAGUAUGUACGCACUGCCAUCUCCUUUGAGGAGCAGAACAUGGUGGCGUGUCACCUCAGCGGAGACCAGAUUGAUUAUAAAGCUAUUAGGGAUAUUGAAGUGGGGGAAGAGCUAUUGGUGUAUAUGAAGGAAGGAAUUUUCCCCGAGGGAUCGAUGGCACUAAACCUAGAAGACAAACAGAUGUACCGCUGUGAGGACUGUGACGAGCUGUUCACCUCUGCCCUGGAGCUGCAGCGGCACCAGAAGUGCUUUUGUUCCAGCGCCGGGUCCUUGUUCGACACUCUCAGCAACGAGGACUUCAAGCAGGGCUGUGACGACAGCGACCACGAGUCUGUCCACGAGUGCAAGGACUGCGAGAAGAUCUUCCCCGACGAGUACAGUCUGGGCCAACACAUGAUUGUGCACACAGAGGAGCGAGAGUACAAGUGUGACCAGUGUCCCAAGGCCUUCAACUGGAAGUCCAACCUCAUCCGCCACCAGAUGUCCCACGACAGUGGCAAGCAGUUCGAGUGUCAAAACUGCGAUAAGGUGUUCACGGACCCCAGCAACCUGCAGCGCCACAUCCGCUCGCAGCACAUAGGGGCUCGCACUCACACCUGCCCCGAAUGUGGCAAGACCUUCGCCACCUCCUCGGGCCUCAAGCAGCACAAGCACAUUCACAGUAGUGUCAAGCCCUUCAUCUGCGAGGUGUGCCACAAGUCUUACACGCAGUUCUCCAACCUGUGCCGCCACAAGCGCAUGCACGCCGACUGCCGCACCCAGAUCAAGUGCAAAGACUGUGGCCAGAUGUUCAGCACUACUUCCUCCCUCAACAAGCACCAGCGUUUUUGUGAGGGCAAAAACCAUUCUGGCCCUGCCGGGGGCCUGUUUGCUCCCGGCAUCCCCAUGAGCAGCCCCAUCCUGGCCAAGUCCAGGUCCCAUCCCCACCACCACCAACUCAACCACUCAGGUCUGGCCUUCCCUGACUACUUCCCCUCCCGGCCCCAUCUUCACGCCAACCUAUCCUUCUCCCCCAGGCCGCGUGGCUUCCCCUCGCUCUGCCAUGGCUUCCCGGAUCUCUUCGUCCCAUCGCUCUACCCCCGACCACCCUUACUGCCCCCCAGCCCCUUUCUGAAGAGCCCCCUGGGCAAGAACAGUAACAACGGUGGGAGCCAGGAGGGCAAGCUGCCUCACAGCCUCCUGGACGGGACUCCACUGUCUCUGAUCAGCUCCAUCAACAACAACAACGGAGGAAAUAGUCUCCUCAGCAGUCAGGAGAGGGAGGACAAAGAGAGGCUGGAGCUGGCGUACAGAGAAGUCAAGGCCAAAACCAAGAUGUCGGCGGUGUCGGACGGCAGCGACCUGGAGGAAGUCAACACCACCAGCGGCACCGACCUAGACACCACCACCGGCACCGCCUCGUGUUCAGAGUUAGACAGCGACGCUGAGAGUGAGCGGGAACAACGGGAGCGGGUCAGCGGCACAAAGAGAAGGAAGGAGGCAGGCGUUAGAGGGGUGGUGGGGACAGAUAGGAUGGGUCAGGAUGGGCGGCCGGACAACGUGAGCAGCGGCUCAGUGUCGGCGGUGUCCAGCUCGUUCAACCCGGCUUGCGAGCAGCCCCCCUUCCUCUCGGUCGCCUCCCAGCACUCCUUCUUUCCGCUUCCGGACAAGCAGGCACUGCCCCCCACAGGGGCCACCGCUGCCACCGACUCCAUCAAGGCCAUCGCUUCCAUCGCCGAGAAGUACUUUGGCCCUGCGCUCAUGAGCCUGCAAGAGAAGAAUAUGGGCUCGAAGCCCUGCCAUUCAAUGUUCCCUUUCCAGUUCCUACCCAACUUCCCUCACUCCCUCUACCCCUUCACCGAGCGGGCCGGUGCCCUCAAACCCGGCAUGUUCUUCAAGGCUGAGCCCAAGUCGCCUCAUGCGCAACAUCCGCCACCCCACAAAAUGGCUGCCCCUCGCACAGAAGAGCCAUCGCCCUUUGACCUCACCACCAAGCCAAAGAAGACCAAACCGAAACUGCCGGCCCCCGCCAAGUUGACCCCACCCAGCGGUAGCAGCAACACCCCCCUCCUUCUCCCGGGGGAUGAGGAGCAGCCACUGGACCUCAGCAUCAGCAGCCACAGACGGGAUGUGCACAACGGGGUGGUGGCCCCUGAGCAGCCGUCCAGCCGCAAGAAGCACCCCGACAGCCACCCACACCAACACACCCUGCACCCCCAGGGCCACCCCCUCCACCAGCUCCUGCUGUCACAGCACCAGCAGCCCCUGGCCCAGCCGCCCCAGCAGCCGCCCCAGCAGCAGCCCUCCCUGCAUUACACCAAGCCCUCGGCCUUCUUCAUGGACCCAAUAUACAGCAGGGUGGAAAAGAGGAAGUUACUGGACCCUGUAGGAGCUUUGAAGGAGAAGUUCCUGAGGGCCAAUUCGCUUCUCUUCCAUCCACAGAUGUCAGCCAUGGAGAGCAUGACGGAGAAGCUGGAGAGCUUUGGCGCUCUCAAACUGGAUGCUUCGCCUAACUUGCUGCAGCACUCGGCCCACCCACUCUUCAACUUCCGCUCGCCGCCCUCCCUCUCCGACGCCAUCCUCCGCAAAGGCAAGGAGCGUUACACCUGCAGGUACUGUGGGAAGAUCUUCCCCAGGUCAGCUAAUCUUACCAGGCACUUACGGACACACACAGGGGAGCAGCCCUACAGGUGUAAAUACUGUGACCGCUCGUUCAGCAUCUCCUCCAACCUUCAGCGGCACGUACGCAACAUCCACAACAAGGAGAAGCCCUUCAAGUGUCACCUGUGCAACCGCUGUUUCGGCCAGCAGACCAACUUGGACCGCCACCUAAAGAAGCAUGAGCACGAGAACCUGCUCGUGAGUCAACACUCUGGGAUCCUCUGCAACCUAGGAAACAACAUUUCCUCUCCCAACUCCGAGCCAGAUCACCAUGCACUUUUAGAUGAGAAAGAGGACUCUUACUUCUCGGAAAUCCACAACUUAAUUUCCAACAGCGAGAUGAACCAGGCAUCCAGCUCCAUAGACAAGAGGUCAGAACUUACGGAGGAGGAGCGUCCGUCGAGCCACGGCCUGUCCAGCUCCCGGGGGCUAGAGGAGGAGGGGGCGGAGGGAGAUGAUGAAGAGGAGGACAAAGGCAGUCUGAAGGAGGAGGAGUGUCCGUCAAGCCACGGCCUGUCCAGCUCCCGGGGGCUAGAGGAGGAGGAGGCGGAGGGAGAUGAUGAAGAGGAGGAAGAAGGCAGCCUGGCGGAGAAAUUUCAGGACGAAGCGCCCAAAUCCCCCUCCCCGAUCACCAUGGUCACACCGGGGGCGUACGAAGACGAAGAGGGGGAGGGAUCGGAGGAAGAGGAGGAAGCCACACCGUUGGCUAUAAGCUACAAACACACCCGCAGGCUUAUACAAUGAUGCUUUCUCUGUCGGAGAACAACCCCUUGCACGCAUCCUCCCAGAACUCACUGGAUGCCUGGCUGAGCAUGGGAGGGGGGCCGUCCGGGACGAGCAGUUUGUACCCACUCAGACACAUCUAAGAGAGUUAGGAGGAGGGAUGAAGCCUACUGCGGAGGAGAACUCAACAUCACAUAGUCCUGGCCUGAGAAGAGAGAGGAUUUGUGGCUCCUGCCCUUCUGUGUGUGAGUGUGUGUGUGUGUACGAGGGGCCUCUCAGAUAGACACUUACAGGCAGAGAUCAAAGUAGCACUGCUCCGCCCGUGUAGAGGGUCGAAGGACGUCCCAGGAAGGACCACCCCACUCCAUUCCAGCGAAGCCCUCUAGUUGAACUCUCAGAGACAGUCACGCUUCAGUAUGCCCCUGCAUUACUAGGGGAGCAAAACGUCUAUUCUACACAGUCUACAACAGCAAUUUCUCAAUAGCUUCAUAUACAGUGACAGUAGGUCUGGAAUAUGUGCAUUGCAUGUCCAUAGGGGGGCGCUCUUCUCGCUCGUUGGGAGGAGCAAAAGUAUCAACACAUAAUGGGGGAGUACUAGCUCGUUCACCCAAAGAACCCCCCCCCCCCCCCAUCCUCCUCAUCUUAUCAAAUGACUCCCCACUCUUCAUUCCUGUUUGAAAUCAGUAAUACCACAAUGCUGAAUGUUACCGCAGGAAACGGCACUCUGGUUUAUAAAGAAAGUACAGGACGAUGAUAUCAUGGAGGUUGACCCACCCCCAACAUGUAAUGUGCAUUACAGAGGACAAAGUCUCGCCUUCAACAGUUAUCUGGUGAGCAAGAGAUUUUAAAUUGACAACCAUUGGUUAGAGUAGCGGAUAACGUAUUUUAUUUUGCUCAUUUGUUAACUUGAUUCCAUUUUGUGUUUUGCUUUUUGAUAAACAGUAUUGUCUCGUUUUAGGCACCUCCGUGCUCAAAUGUUAAUAUAAAUAUAUAAAUAGUGAAGGGCCAAAAUUGUGUGAUAUUGUUGUAUGAUGUACAAAAUAACCUGGACGUUCAUGGCAAGAGUGGUAUGUGCCAAAUAACCCGUAGAAAAGGUUUUGUUCUCUGACAAGCAUUUAUUUUUCAAGGGGUUUUCAUAGCUGUCAAAGAUGAUGUGAUUACCUUCUUCUAUAUGUCAUUUAAAGACUGGGUGGAUUCUAUUUAUUUGGGUAAACAUUUUGGGGUCACGAUUGGAGACAAGUGACAACUGAAAAGUAUUUUUUUCUCUCUCUCUUUUACUUGUUGCUGAAGGAAUGAAAGUGAAUCGAAACGCAAGUGAGAUUGUGAGUCUUGGUUUCAAUGCUUUUUUGUGUAAAGACCAGUGUGCCAAAUUGGAAAGAAACCUUGAAAUCAGAUGCUUUUAUUUAUAGUGACAUGGUAAUUCUAGAUUGUUUAGAUCAGUGGUUCCCACCCAGGGGUACUAGAACCCCUGGGGGGUACUUGGUCUAUCCACAGGGGGUACUUGAGGAGACUAUGGGCCUACUGGUAAAAUGCACAUGAAGGGGUACUUCAGUGGUACUACGGGCAGAGCAAAAUUCAGUUGGUGGUACAAUAACUGGGAAAGGUUGGGAACCACUGAUUUAGAUCAUGUUUGCAAUGUUGUGUCUAUCGUGUGGUUUGAUGAUUCUCGCUUCAGUUGAACCAAUGCAACCAGUAUGCUGAGAGUUUUGUGUUCAAGGUGGUUGAAUUCUUACUUUGGCUAUUUUGGAAAUUGCAGCCUUUACUAUGAUUGUCAGGUGAGUUAGAUGCCAGGGCAUUGUAUUGUAAGCUUGUAAUUUAUCCUAAGUUUGAGCAAAUCAAUUUUACUCUACAAUAAAUCCCAUCAAUAUGUUAACUUAACCAGUUUAUCAGUGCUCCGAUUCUGCAUGAAUGGUUUCAUUUUGUAGGAAUUCUUAUUUUUAAAUGUGACCAUGUGGUUGUAGAAAAGAACGUCUCAGAAUGCCCCGUCAUAGAUAAAAUAGACGUUUGUCAGAUAGUGUCCAACUACAGUGUACCAUGCCAUCAUAUUUCCACUCUUUAGUUGAAGGGUCUGGGAUCCUUCAAUUCCAUUGAAAUUGAAAUGUAAAAUGGCUAAGGUAAGGGUAUGGACGUCCCAAGGACCCCGGAUAGCACUGACUUUUUAAAAUAUUUUUUUUGAACCUUUAUUUAACCAGGCAAGUCAGUUAAGAACAAAUUCUUAUUUUCAAUGCCAGCCUAGUGGGUUAACUGCCUAUUCAGGGGCAGAACGACAGAUU